AUGUCAGCAAAAGCAAGGGCAAACGUUCGUUUGCCCCCAGAAGUCAACCGGAUAUUGUUUAUUCGAAAUUUACCUUACAAGAUCACAACUGAAGACAUGUAUGAUCUUUUUGGAAAAUAUGGAUCAAUUAGGCAAAUUCGCAUGGGCAAUGCACAGGAUACUAGAGGAACUGCAUUUGUCAUCUACGAUGAUAUUUUUGAUGCCAAAGCUGCUUGUGAUCAUCUAAGUGGGUUCAAUUUGCAAGGAAGAUAUCUUGUGGUAUUAUACUUUUCAUCCACAAAGACAAACAAAAAGCGAGAUUUGAAUGAAAAGGAAGCCGAGAUUGAGAGUAUGAAACGGAAGUAUGGCGUCGAAUAA